ACAGUCGUUUAUUUGCAUCCAGUUGACACUAAGCGACUGUCUGAACGUCUUACAAUGAAGUAUCUUUACCUAAUCACUUCGCGAAGUAAAAAAUUUCAUUUAAAACUGUUAAUUUUCGGGUGUUUGAUAAGUUCCAAUUUCGCGCUGCCCAAUUACAAUGAAUCUCGCGAUUUUCAAGGAAAAGUGCUCGGACAAAACAAUUCUAGUGGAAUCCAAAAAGAUUUUGAGUCUGCAAAUUAUUUGGAGACCGUAGAUUACAAUGGAUUACUUCCGACGCGCAAUCCGAAGCAAGACAGUAGCUUUGGAAAUGAAAAACCGGAAGGCAAGCACAUAUUUGACUACGAAAAAAAUGGAGUGAGAUUGGACGUUAACGUAGUGCCAGUAGUUAAUGAGACAGUUGGUGAAGAAGAUGAUCACUUUCCGAUGGUUCCAAUCAGAGAUUUGGGAAAAUGUAUCUUGGAUUUAUCGAUUACAUGUGUUAGAGACCGCGUAGCACGGUAUAUUGAUGCAAUUGGUCGGCUCAAAUAUGUCAAUCUGAUCGGUAACUAUGUUAAGUUCAUUAAAGUGAGGAACACCAAGGUGAGGAGGUUCAUCGAUCCCAGGGCUAUUGGCACGAACACCCAGAUUGAUCGGAGUAUUGAUGAUUUUUUUGAUAAAUUUAUCCUGAGGAUCACCGUCCCUAAAUGGAAUCUUAAGAAACAGGAACAGAAUCAGAUUGACCUGACUUUUGGUGACACUGGUGUUGUUGAAGGAAGAGGCGGCAAAGGUGGUGGUGGUGGUGGUAAAGGUGGUAAAGGCGGUGGCAAAGGAUGUAAGCAAAUGAUGAUGUGCAUGAUGAUGGCUCUAAAAAUGAAGAUGGUGGUAAUGAUGGGAUUAAUGAUGAUGAAAGGACUCAUGAUGGCUGGUUGGUCGAUGAUGAUGACCAAAGCGAUGUUAGUCAUGAAAAUGAUGAGCUAUUGGCCAUCUGGUGGUGGUCAUGGUGGAGGUCACGGAGGCGGCGGAGGAGGAGCACCCUUGAAGGAGAUCGUCCUCUUGACUAAAUCAUCUGGUGGUGGUGGAGGAGGAGGAGGCGGAGGUUAUGGUGGUGGCGGAGGUCACGGAGGUGGCGGAGGUCACGGGGGUGGCGGAGGUCACGGGGGUGGCGGAGGUCUUUCACCACCACCGACUAGUUACGGUCCUCCAUCAAGUGGCGGCGGAGGUGGCGGCGGUUAUGAUUAUAGUGGUGGUGGUGGUGGUGGGGGUGGUUGGGGCCGUAGCUUCAACAAUCGGCUGUCAAUGACCGAUCUGAUGGACCAACACUCAGAUUCUUCCAAUAAUCAACAGAUUGACCAAGUUAGCGCUUCUGUUAUCAACGUGUAUCCUGAUAGUGAAGACAAGGUUAACAACAGCGAUCGGUCAUUCAAUUUCAGGAUUGAUAGUCGUCAAGAACACGUCGGUGAAGUGAUUCAAUUGAGUGAUUCACUGGAUGAUAACAAUGUUUAUGCUAAUAAUUGGAAAAAUUAUGAACAAGCUGCUCAAAUAUGGGAUCAGAAAGAUUCGAUUAUUGCUACGCGUAUUAAGAAAAAUCAAUGA